CUCGGCCGGGCUCGGGCGGCUCACCAUGCGCGGCGGGCAGGGCGCGGUGCGGGCCCCGGUGCUCCAGUUCACCAACUGCCGAAUUCUGCGGGGCCGGGCGCUGCUCUGGGAGGAUCUGUGGGUGCGCGGGGGCCGCAUUCUGGACCCGGAGAAGCUGUUCUUUGAGGAGCGGCGCGUGGCCGACGAGCAGCGGGACUGCGGGGGCUGCAUCCUGGCACCAGGCUUCAUCGACGUACAGAUCAACGGUGGAUUUGGCGUUGACUUUUCUCAAGCCACGGAGGGCGUCGGUUCCGGGGUCGCCUUGGUGGCCCGGAGGAUUCUAUCUCACGGAGUCACCUCGUUCUGCCCUACGUUGGUCACCUCGCCGCCGGAGGUUUACCAUAAGGUCCUUCCUCAGAUCCCCGUGAAGAGUGGUGGUCCCCAUGGGGCAGGGGUCCUCGGAGUGCACCUGGAGGGUCCGUUCAUCAGCCGGGAGAAGCGGGGUGCACACCCUGAGGCCCACCUGCGCUCCUUUGAGGCCAACGCCUUCCACGAUGUGCUGGACACCUAUGGGUCCCUGGACAAUGUCCGCAUCGUGACGCUGGCUCCUGAGCUGGGUCGCAGCCACGAGGUGAUCCAGGCACUGACGGCCCGUGGCAUCUGCGUGUCCCUAGGGCACUCAGUGGCUGACCUGCAGGCUGCAGAGGAAGCCGUGCAGAGUGGGGCGACCUUCAUCACCCACCUCUUCAACGCCAUGCUGCCUUUCCACCACCGUGACCCAGGCAUCGUGGGGCUCCUGACCAGUGACCGGCUGCCCCGGGGCCGGCACAUCUUCUACGGGAUGAUUGCCGACGGCAUGCACACCAACCCGGCCGCCCUGCGCAUCGCCCACCGGGCCCAUCCCCAGGGGCUGGUGCUGGUCACCGAUGCUGUCCCUGCCCUGGGCUUGGGCAAUGGCCGUCACACGCUAGGGCAGCAAGAGGUGGAGGUAGACGGGCUGACAGCCUACGUGGCAGGCACCCAGACGCUGAGUGGCAGCAUAGCCCCGAUGGACGUCUGCGUCCGUCACUUUCUGCAGGCCACAGCAGGCUGCAGUGUGGAGUCGGCCCUGGAGGCUGCGUCCCUGCACCCCGCCCAGCUGCUGGGGCUGGAGAAGCGCAAGGGAACCCUGGACUUUGGGGCCGAUGCAGGUCAGGGUCCGACGCAGGGUGGCCCCGGGCAGCCUGAAGACGCGGGAGUUCUUGGGGUGCCAGGGCAGACUUCGUGGUGCUCGAUGACUCCCUCCAUGUCCGGGCCACCUACAUCUCAGGCGAGCUGGUGUGGCAGGCGGAGGAGGCCAGGCAGUGACCGAGGACCAUGGCUGGAGAGGACGCCCAGCCCCAGCUGGACACUGUCAGGGCUGGGCCGUCGAGGAGCUGGUCUCCGGGGAGCAAGUGGGAGCCCGGCCCCAGGUGGACAGCCUUGACCCGGGAGGCUGCUGGCUGGCUUGGAUAAACGUGCACCCCACAGGGGCUUGCCUGGUCUCCGAGUUUUGCUUCAGAGCGGGGCUUCUUGCUGUUUCUGCUGUCACGCUGGUGGCUCUCCUGGGGGGGGGGGUGUCCAUAAUUCAUUGUUUAGGUUUGAGAGUAGCUGGAUUUCAGCUCAGCGUAAUCUUCUGGGGCCUUGUGGGGCUCCAGUGGAGGCGACAGGGCCCCAAAGUAAGAUGAGUGUGUCUGAGGCCUGCAGACCCACAGACAGAUGUGCUGGUUGAAAAUGGGUGGAGGCGAGCAGGGAAGCCUGGGCUGUUGGGGUCCCUGGAUAAGGCAGCUUCAAGGCGAGUGGGCUUCGGGGGGCCCUGCUGGCCUGAAGAUGGCCGUGAUGCGGGUCAUAGACAUCUUGCCUUGGUGCAGCCCCUUCCCCUUCAUGCAGGUGCAGUCCUCGGAGUAGGAGGGCACAGACGGUGUCCCAGGACACCCUUGACUGUAGCUUGGCCACCGCUCUUCCCGCCUCUGCUGUAGAGCCCACUAAAGGAAAUGUCUCCAGGCCCAAAGUGACAAAGAGUCACAGGUCUCAGCUGUGUUUGAGGGUGAACAACCUGGGAAGAACAACUUGAAAGGCAGGGCUGAGCGGGGACCCGGGGCAGGGGCACCAGGGCACUGGGUCUCAGGCCACGUGCCCUUGGGGUGCAGAGGUGCUGUGUGCCUGGUGGUGACUGGCCAGCUCCUGCAAUGUGCCAGCACAAGGGAUGCGGGGAGGGGCCGAUGCACUGCUCACCUGGUGCCGGGCCUCCUAAGUGCUCUAGGAGGCUCAUUCUGUUCUUCUAUCAAAAAUCCAAAAGGGUUUCCUGUUUUUCACCCCCGUUUCUCAGAUAGGGAAAAGGGGGGCACUGAGUCCCAGAGCUGGAGCACCAGGGCCAGGGUUUGGCCUGGCCUACCUGACUCCAGGGCCUCACUUAAACCCCCCACCAUGCAGCCUCUCUGGGAGGACAGGGAGGGGCAGGUUGAGAUGGUGGUCGGCAAGGCUGACACCAGAGAUGGCAGGAGCCAGUGCCGGCAGGGACAGCACUAAAGGCAGAGUGGGCUGCCCCAGUACAGGCCUAGUGUGUGUGAGGGACAGAUGGCCACCCUGGCUGGGGAGAAGAGGGGCCCUGGGGGGCUGGAGAGGAGUCACAGGUGGUGAGCAGGGCCCUGCAGCUGUGUGGGAAUUUGGAUUUUAUUUGAGGUGUGGAGGUAGUUGCUGGAAGAUCUUUUUUUUUUUUAAAUUGUGGUACAAUGUAUAUAACAUUUACCAUUUUAACCACUUUUAAGUGUGCACUUCAGUGGCAUUAAGUACAUUCAUAUUGUUGUGCAACCAUCACCACCAUCCUCUCCAGAACUUUUUCAUCACCCUGAACGGAAACUCUCCACCCAAUAAACACUCUCCCAUCCCCA